UUCCUAGAAACAUGUCAACCUGAACAAUACGCAUAUAGCAAGUAGUCCAACUUACAUUACUACAUUCGUUAACCAACAGUGAAACAAGCACUCAGUUAUAUCAGUGCGGGUCAUGAAUUACACAUUCAUGUCUGGCUGCAGUUGUUACACAUUUUGUUGGUAACUUAUCAGAUGAGCGCAGUUAUAAAACAAGUAAAAUAUUCUGCAAUUAACGUACCUGGCUUGGAUUCACCCAGUUUGUAACGCAGAUUCCAUUUUUAUUGAGCUUUUCAAGAAAUCAUCUGACCUAGAUUUUAAUCAAACUUUUUGUAUAUUCAACAACAGAUCCCCCAGGCAAUAUAUUAGUUUCUUUUAUUUUCAAAAUGUAAGAUUUUGAUGGUUUUGUACUAUUACUUUGAAAUCAAAAAAUUGUAAUCACAUAUAAGAGGCAUGGUAGCUUCAAAGCUUAAUACUUUUCAGCAUUUAAAAAUAUUGUGUAAUCCAAUUCCUAGGGUACUUUUUCCAUAUUCCAACUUACAAAUCUUUGCAUAAAGCAAUGGUGAAAACUAAUGUACUCACAUCGUAUUAUAUCUGCCUUCUGCAAGUAGACAUAUAUAAUGAACCGUUAUUAAAGACCCUUGGUAGAAAAAAAAUAAAUUUUCUAAAAAUUAUAGUAAUAGUUGUAAAAUCCAGUCUACUAUUGAAGGGCAGCAGAAAGAAAUAUUUGCAUCCUGGCUUUGACCUACAUUUGGGAAAAUCUAUUAUGCCCAGAAGAGCUAAUCGAAUAGAGUCUAGAUUCAUGAUCGUGAUUAUAUUUCCUUCAAAUCGUCUAUCGCGAAACGAAUCGUCUAUGCGAGCCCCUAGCUAGAUGUCUGUUUAUGGUAAUCAUGAACAUAAAUAUGCACAAGACUUCUUUUGCCAGCCGCAUACUUUUGAGCAGCUGCAGUCGUUGCACUCCUGGGAUAUGCGCGCAGGGUAUAAAGAGCGCAAAUUAAAACGAAUAUAUAAUACAAUGGAGCUUUUUCUUUUCUUUUGAGGCAUAGUUGAAAUAUUUACGUUUUUCAAUUAAGACUAAUUUGUUCUACAAAUUGGAUAGUGAAAGUUUUGUAACUCGCGACAAUUCCAAAAGAGUUCGAAGCGGCUACUGCACGUAUCGAGCAAUCUGACAAACACGUAGCGGGUAUGCAGCGCUUUCUUGCAUACUUAAGUGAGUCCGCACCGAAAACGAAAUAAUCAUUUAUACAUGCCAAUCCCUCAAUUGCAUGUAUGUGUGUGUGUGUGCAGUAUCGACCCCAAACUCUUACAUCCGUGGUUUAAAACAUACUACUCGCCAUACGCAACGUUCAUUUCAGUUUUGGUUACGACUCCACGCAUUUCUUGGCUCUCAGUGCACAAAAAAUUAAAAAUGAAACGGAAUUUCGUGAUAUUAUUCGGGUUUGUGCUGUGCACAGGUGCAUGGGAUAUAUCCGCAGGGCAGGACACCUAUACGGAUGCAUUGCAAAACUCACAUAACACAGAUCAUGGUGUGUGAAUCUUAGAUAACUAUGCCUAAAACAAACAUUUUUAGAAAACACGAAAACGGUGAACUGUUUAAAAAACAAAAGUGAAAAUCCCUUCUCUCCUCUCCUUCAGCUCAAUUGUGGUUGAAAGUGAAAUUGAUGUAUGAAAGUGCAUUUGAAGUAUCAUAAAAUGGUUUUAAACGACUUUCCAUUAUAUGAAUCAAUGCUUACCGAAAAUAUGAAGGCUGAUUAGACAUAUAUCAAGGAGGAGGCCUAGGUCUAAUACUACGAUGUGCUUUGAAACAAGUUUAUGUGAAAAUAACAUACAUAUACUAUACAUAAAACAUAUUUACUAUUUUAAGUGUUCUUUAUUUAUUUGUUCGUUCUUUAAUCAUGAUGAGCACGAAUUAAUCCUUCGUUUUAACGAAAUGAUAUUGGUAUUAUACAAUUUACAUUUCAUACUUUAUACGGACUAAUUUUUAUAUAUUUGAAAUAUAUGCUAAUCUAUUGUGUUUCCAAUUUUUUCAUAGAUGGUCUUGGCGGAGGCUAUCAGUAUAACCCGCCACCAGAUAAUAGCUAUUUGCCCCCAGAUAAUAGCUAUUUGCCUCCAGCGCCAACACCGGCUCCAGUCUAUGGUCCUCCGCCCGUCCCAUUCUACAACUCCCCCCCGCCAGUGUACUAUAAGCCCGCUCAUCCUAUACCAUAUCAGGCGCACGAUUCAAUUUUAGCAAAGCUUAAGUCUAAAAUAAGUCUGCUAACUCUCGGCAAGAUCGUCUUGAAACUCUUAAUAUUCAAGAAAAUAGUCAAAUUUAUCGGCAUCAUUUGCUUGCUACUCGUUUUGCCCAAGCUGAAGCAUAUGUUCACCGAUAAUAUGUCUAUGGAAGACGAAAUUAACAGCAAGCACGUGGAAACGGAUAAGGAAAAACUUCAAAAACAUAUUGAUAGUGUGUAUGAUUUUAUAAUGAGCUCCAUUCAAGCCUUUGAGGAAGAAACUACAUAACAGUUUGAUAAUAGUUUUAGAUUUGUAUCUGCAAGAGUAUUAUUUAUUUAUUUAUUGUAAAUUUGUUUUGUUUUUAAAAAUGAAGUGCCUAUUUAUGUAAACAAAUAAAAAAAUUCAAGUUAAAAUCUUAUCUCGGGA